AUCCAAAGAAAGGCACUUAAGGUUGUCUGAUCCCAAAAAAAAACACAUGAUUUGACGGUAACAAAAAUCGAAGUAAAGUUACUAGCAAAUAGAGCUCCACAUUAUCGAAUCGAAUGCGAGUGGCGUUCAGAUGUUCCAAAGUUCAUGGAGCCUUAAUGGCUUCCGCCAGAUUCUGAAAAUCUGCAUAGACCAGAGGGACCUCUCCACUGGCAAGUGCUUGCACGCUCUCUACAUCAAAUCCGCCCUCCCAAACUCCACCUAUAUUUCCAACCACUUCAUCCUCCUCUACUCCAAAUGCCGCCGCCUCUCCGCCGCCGGGAACACCCUCCGCGCCACCGCCGCUCCCAAUGUAUUCUCCUUCAACAUUCUCCUCGCCGCCGUCGCCAAACACUCGCCGCCGCAUCUUGCCCACAACCUGUUCGACCAAAUUCCCCAACCAGAUAUCGUCUCUUACAACACCUUAAUUUCCGCCUACGCCGAAUGCGCCGGCGCUCAGCCGGCGAUAAAACUGUUUUCCGGCGUGCGGGAGUCGUGCCUUCCUAUCGACGGAUUCACAUUUUCCGCCGUCGUCGCCGCCUGCUGCGACAGCGUCGGAUUGAUCAGACAACUCCAUUGUUUGGCUCUUUCCGGUGGAUUCUCCGGCUACAUUUCCGUCAACAAUGCCUUCAUUUCGAUGUAUAGUAAAAACGGAUUCUUUACGGAGGCUUGGCGAGUGUUUUGCGAGAUGGACGAGGUUAAAGACGAGGUGUCGUGGAAUUCGAUGAUCGUCGCAUUCGGACGGGAGAGAGAAGGGCGUAAAGCUCUCGAAUUGUAUCAAGAAAUGGUCCGUCAGGAAAUGUACGUCGACAUGUUCACGUUGGCGAGCGUUUUGAGCGCGUUCACGAGUUCGGAGGAUUUGAUCGGAGGGAUGCAAUUCCACGGCCGGAUGAUCAAGUCCGGGUUUCAUUACAACGUCCACGUCGGAAGUGGUUUGGUCGAUUUAUACGCGAAAUGCGGCGGCCGUAUGUCCGAUUGCCGGAAGGUGUUCGAGGCAUUUGUCGAUCCCGAUUUGGUUCUUUGGAACACGAUGAUUUCCGGGUAUUCGAUCAAUGAUGAGUCUUGUGAAGAAGCGAUCGUUUGCUUCAAGCGUAUGCAGCGCGCCGGUCACGAUCCCGACGACUGCAGCUUCGUGUGCGCGCUCACCGCCUGCGCUAAAACGCCAUCUCCUUCGAACGGGAGGCAAUUACACGGUUUGUUCGUCAAAUCCGACGUCAAAUCGAACCGAGUUUCGAUAGACAACGCGUUGAUCGCGAUGUAUUCCAAAUGCGGGAAUUUGAUCGACGCCGAGACGGUAUUCAAUCGAAUGCUGGAUCAUAACGUCGUGUCCUACAAUUCGAUGAUCGCGGGCUAUGCUCAGCACGGCCGGGGUGACGAAUGUCUGUCGCUUUUCGAACAUAUGCUCAAGGAAAACUUCGAUCCCACAUCUAUUACCUUCGUAUCGGUUCUUUCUGCGUGCGCGCACACGGGGAGAGUUCGGGAAGGGCGAAGAUACUUCGGUAUGAUGAAGGAAAAGUACGAAAUCGAACCCGAUACGGAACAUUAUACGUGCUUGAUCGAUCUUUUGGGUCGAGCGGGGAAGCUUGACGAAGCCGAGAAUGUUGUUAAAUCGAUGCCGUGCAACCCGGGCAUCAUGGUUUGGGUGUCGUUGCUUCGGGCAUCCCGAUCGCACGGCGACACGGCGCUCGCCGAGAAGGCUGCCGUUGAAUGCCUCCGGCUUGACCCAUCGAAUGCCGCGCCGUACGUCGCGCUCGCGCACAUGUACACAGCUACGCGAAGAUGGGAGGAAUCGGCGAGGAUCAAGAAGUGCAUGAGGGACAAUGGCGUCAAGAAAACGCCGGGAUGUAGUUGGAUCGAGAUCGACAAGAAAGUUCAGAUGGUGGUGAGGAUCUAUGAGUUUUGGGCAGAGAUGUCGGGAAAGAUGAAGGAUGCCGGUUACGUGGCCGAUACGAGAUGGGUUUCGGCGUGGGAGGACGACGGCUGCGACGGAUUGGGGGAGGAGGAGAAGGAGACGAUGGUGAUGCAUCAUAGCGAUAAAUUGGGGGUGGCGAUAGAGCUGGAUUCGAGUCGUUUAACAGCUCUGGCAUAGUAUCCGCCGGAAAAAAGUGGUCCGAUGGUGGUGAUGAAGAACUUGAAAAUGUGUGCCGACUGUCAUAAUGGUUUGAAGGUGUUGUCUGACGUGGCGCAUCGGAAAAUUACGGUGAGGGAUUGCCGUAGGUUUAUCACUUUGAGGAUGGGCUAGUAGGCGGCUGGGUUUUGAACCCAUAACCUUAUAUGGUCACGAGUUUAACCCGUACGCUACUAAGUCAUUUCUUACGGAAUUUUUUGCCAUUUUUUUUAUUUGUACAAC